UUUGUCACUGUUCCCUAAAAUCUGGCCAUUGGCCAUUGUUUAGUUAUUAAGGCAUAACAGGUGUAGCGCAUAAUGUUUCGCCUUAUAGCAUUGACGUUGGUGGUAGCAGUGACCGUCAUUGCACUUCCUUCUAGGCUACCCAAUCCAACUGAUAUUGCCUUUACGAGCGAUGACCAAUUUGAAGAUUACCUGGAUGCCUGGCUAACUACUGAGCAACUCCAGUGGUUCAAUCAAUCAACAACCUCUCUGCGAAGCGGGUGCAGCUUAAGAAUAAACGGUGACUUUGGUCAGCCACAGCCCGUUUUCCUUCAUAGAUCAAGAAGCACCUUUCUCACCCCUAGCAGCAACUCUGGACUAGUUCGGCUCAACGUCGGAGAGGAAAUUAUCAUCUCCUGCACAGGAGCAAACCGACUUAUUCGACACCCUAACGUUGUAUCCAACGUCCAUACUGCUACCGCUAGAUGUGUUAACAAUAACCUUGUGUCAGGCGCUGGAUGGUUGAGUGGGAAUCAAGCUUUUGGACAGAUAACUUGUAGUAGUCACGCUGUGUUUGAGGCGCAGCAAACAAAUCAAAGAUGCUUUAACAAUAACGUCGUUAUACGUGUUGGAUUUAUUGUAAACAACGUCUUCCAUGUUCACUAUUGGUCCUGCUUCAAUCCGACGCGAAUGGAAGUUUUAUAUGUAUGGUACAAUCAAGACGAUACAAAUGGAAUCUUUCAAUCAGGGGUUGACCGCCCUAGCUGGUUAGCGGGCCCAUUUUUCCCUGGCGUAAAUAUUAACACCAUUUAUACGCAAAACAACCAAAGACAAGUCAUUGCCAACCUAUUAGGUAGCAACAUGGUUGAUAGAUAUAUUACAUCUAACCAGUUCUUGGCACGUGGUCACCUCGCUGCCAAGACAGAUUAUGUCUUUGCAACUGGUCAACGCUCUACUUUCUAUUUCAUCAACGCUGCUCCGCAAUGGCAACCUUUCAACGCUGGAAAUUGGAUGAGCUUGGAAGCCAAUCUUCGCCGACGUAUUGCUGCUGCUAGGUACAACACUGUCAUUUACACAGGCACAUUUGGUGUCACUCAAUUAAGAAACUCAGCUGGAAGAUUGGUUGAUAUUCAUUUACAUUCUAACAAUCGUGUUCCCGUGCCUCAAUACUUUUAUAAGGUUGUAUACGACGCAUCUCGCCGCCAAGGUACUGCAUAUAUCAGUAUCAAUAAUCCGUACUACACUCUCGCAGAGGCUCGUCAACUACAAUUCUGUACGGACAGAUGUCGCAAUAACGCAGCAUUUAACUGGAUAAACUGGCAACCAGACCGCGUGGAUAUCGGAUACAGCUUUUGUUGCACAAUACCCGACUUUAGGAGACGAAUUGCACAUGUUCCUAAUUUUAACGUUGCUAACGGACUACUUUCAUAAACUAAAAAUAGGAUUAUAUAUCUUUAAGGCAUCGGAACACGCAGUUGGUGUACCGUGCCUAAUAAUAUAAGUAAACUGACAAACCAUACUAGAUAUAAUUCUACUUCCUAAGCAUAACUAACUAAUAAAUGAAUUUUUGUACAGUUUAA